AUGAAAAAGCCAGGUCGAGUCCUUCAUGGAGUGGCCCUCCUCGCCCUGGUCGCGUCGAGCCUCGCCACCUACGGCAGCAGGAUACGGGCUGGAACCUCGGGAGGCGCGCCAGGAGGUUUCGCGGUGGGCGGCGGCGCCAGCAGAGCCUACGCCGGGAGCAGGAGCCUGAGCCUCUCCGGAGGGGCGUCGGGCGUAGGACGCGGCGCAGCGAGCCACGGCGUGCCCUCCACCGGCUCUCCCAGUGCCAUUUCCUUCGUUCAGUUCGGCUCCGCCAAAGCAGGCAGCGGAGUCGGAAGCGCGCGCGGGGGCAGCGCCGGCGGCUUCGUCGGUUCCUUCGGCGUCGGCGGAAGCGCUGGCGUCUUCAGCCCCUCCCUCAGUGGGAGCAGUGGUGGAUAUGGCUCCUCGCUGGCCGGGGGAGGCCUGGGUGGAUCCUUAGGUGGAGCAGGUGGGAGCGGUUCUUCCUCAGGAUCAAGUGGAGGCAGCAGUGGUGGAUUCGGUGGAGCAGGCAGUGGUGGAUAUGGCGGUUCUUCCUCUGGAUCAAGUGGAGGCAGCAGUGGUGGAUUCGGUGGAGCAGGUGGAGCAGGUGGAAGCAGUGGUGGAUAUGGCGGUUCUUCCACUGGAUCAAGUGGAAGCAGCAGUGGUGGAUUCGGUGGAGCAGGUGGAGCAGGUGGAAGCAGCGGUGGAUAUGGUGGUUCUUCCUCUGGAUCAAGUGGAGGCAGCAGUGGUGGAGUCGGUGGAGCAGGUGGAAGCAGCGGUGGAUAUGGUGGUUCUUCCUCUGGAUCAAGUGGAGGCAGCAGUGGUGGAGUCGGUGGAGCCGGUGGAAGCAGCAGUGGAUAUGGUGGUUCUUCCUCUGGAUCAAGUGGAGGCAGCAGUGGUGGAUUCGGAGGAGCAGGUGGAAGCAGCAGUGGAUAUGGUGGUUCUUCCUCUGGAUUAAGUGGAGGCAGCAGUGGUGGAGUCGGUGGAGCAGGUGGAAGCAGCGGUGGAUAUGGUGGUUCUUCCUCUGGAUCAAGUGGAGGCAGCAGUGGUGGAGUCGGUGGAGCAGGUGGAAGCAGCGGUGGAUAUGGUGGUUCUUCCUCUGGAUCAAGUGGAGGCAGCAGUGGUGGAGUCGGUGGAGAAGGUGGAAGCAGCGGUGGAUAUGGCGGUUCUUCCUCUGGAUCAAGUGGAGGCAACAUUGGUGGAUUCGGUGGAUUCGGUGGAGCAGGUGGAAGCAGCGGUGGAUAUGGCGGUUCUUCCACGGGAUCAAGUGGAAGCAGCAGUGGUGGAUUCGUUGGAGCAGGUGGAAGCAGCGGUGGAAAUGGCGGUUCAUCCACUGGAUCAAGUGGAAGCAGCAGUGGUGGAUUCGGUGGAAGCAGCGGUGGAUAUGGCGGUUCUUCCACUGGAUCAAGUGGAAGCAGCAGUGUUGGAUUCGGUGGAGCAGGUGGAAGCAGCGGUGGAUAUGGCGGUUCUUCUACUGGAUCAGGUGGAGGCAGCAGUGGUGGAAUCGGUGGAACAGGUGGAGCAGGUGGAAGCAGCGGUGGAUAUGGCGGUUCUUCCACUGGCUCAAGUGGAGGCAGCAGUGGUAGAAUCGGUGGAACAGGUGGAGCAGUUGGAAGCAGUAGUGGAUAUGGCGGUUCUUCCUCUGGAUCAAGUGGAGGCAGUAGUGGUGGAUUCGGUGGAUCAGGUGGAAGCAGCGGUGGAUAUGGCGGUUCUUCCACUGGAUCAGGUGGAAGCAGCAGUGGUGGAUUCGGUGGAGCAGGUGGAGCAAGUGGAAGCAGCGGUGGAUAUGGCGGUUCUUCCUCCGGAUCAAGUGGAGGCAGCAGUGGAUUCAGUGGAUUCGGUGGAGCAGGUGGUGGCGUUGAUAUGUAUGGUGGGUCAAGUGAAGGCAGCAGUGGUGGAUUAGGUGGAGCUGGUGGAAGCAGCGGUGGAUAUGGCGGUUCUUCCACUGGAUCAGGUGGAAGCAGCAGUGGAUUCGUUGGAGCAGGUGGAAGUAGUAGUGGAUAUGGCGGUUCUUCCUCCGGAUCAAGUGGAGGCAGCAGUGGUGGAUUUGGUGGAUUCGGUGGAGCAGGUGGAAGCAGCGGUGGAUAUGGCGGUUCUUCCUCUGGAUCAGAUGGAGGCAGCAGUGUUGGAUUUGGUGGAGCAGGUGGAAGUGGUGGAGGAGUUGAUAUGUAUGGUGGAUCAGGAGGUGAAGGCAGCAGUGGAUUCGGUGGAUCUUUAGGUGGAACAGGUGGAAGCAGCGGUGGAUAUGGCGGUUCUUCCACUGGAUUAGGUGUAGGCAGCAGCGGUGGAUUAGGUGGAUCCUUAGGUGGAGCAGGUGGAAGCAGCAGUGGAUAUGGCGGUUCUUCCACUGGAGCAGGUGGAAGCAGCGGUAGAUAUGGUGGAGGCAGCAAUGGAGCAGGUGGAAGCAGUGGAUAUGGUGGUUCUUCCUCUGGAUCAAGUGGAGGCAGCAGUGGUGGAUUAGGUGGAGCAAGUGGAAGCAGCGAUGGAUAUGGUGGUUCUUCCACUGGAUCAAGUGGAGGCAGCAGUGGCGGAUUAGGUGGAACAGGUGGAAGCAGCGGGGGAUAUGGCGGUUCUUCCACUGGAUCAGGUGGAGGCAGCAGUGGAUUAAGUGGAGCAGGUGGAAGCAGCGGUGGAUAUGGCGAUUCUUCCUUUGGAUCAGGUGGAGGCAGCAGUGGUGGAUUAGGUGGAGCAGAUGGAAGCAGCGGUGGAUAUGGCGGUUCUUCCACUGGAUCAGGUGGAGGCAGCAGUGGUGGAUUAGGUGGAGCAGAUGGAAGCAGCGGUGGAUAUGGCGGUUCUUCCACAGGAUCAAGUGGAGCCAGCAGUGGAGCAGGUGGAAGCAGUGGUGGAUUCGGUGGAGCAGGUGGAAGCAGCGGUGGAUAUGGCGGUUCUUCCUCCGGAUCAGGUGGAGGCAGCAGUGGAUUCGGUGGAUCUUUAGGUGGAACAGUUGGAAGCAGCGGUGGAUAUGGCGGUUCUUCCACUGGAUUAGGUGGAGGCAGCAGUGGAGCAGGUGGAAGCAGUGGUGGAUUCGUUGGAGCAGGUGGAAGCAGUGGUGUAUUCGGUGGAGCAGGUGGAAGUGGUGCAGGCGUUGAUAUGUAUGGUGGAGCAGGUGAAGGCAGCAGUGGAUUCGGUGGAUCUUUAGGUGGAACAGGUGGAAGCAGCGGUGGAUAUGGCGGUUCUUCCACUGGAUUAGGUGUAGGCAGCAGUGGUGGAUUAGGUGGAUCCUUAGGUGGAGCAGGUGGAAGUAGUAGUGGAUAUGGCGGUUCUUCCACUGGAGCAGGUGGAGGCAGCAGUGGAUUCGGUGGAUCUUUAGGUGGAACAGGUGAAAGCAGCAGUGGAUUUGGCGGUUCUUCCAUUGGAUCAAGUGGAGGCAGCAGUGGAUUCGGUGGAGCAGGUGGAAGUGGUGGCGUUGAUAUGUAUGGUGGAGCAGGUGGAAGCAGUGGUGGAUAUGGCGGUUCUUCCUCAGGAUCAAGUGGAGGCAGCAGUGGAUUAGGUGGAGCAGGUGGAAGCAGUGGUGGAUAUGGCGGUUCUUCCACUGGAUCAGGUGGAGGGAGCAGUGGUGGAUUCGGUGGAGCAGGUGGAAGCAGUGGUGGAUAUGGCGGUUCUUCCGCUGGAUCAAGUGGAGGCAGCAGUGGAUUCGGUGGAGCAAGUGGAAGUGGUGGAGGCGUUGAUAUGUAUGGUGGAUCAAGUGGAGGCAGCAGUGUUGGAUUAGGUGGAACAGGUGGAAGCAGCGGUGGAUAUGGCGGUUCUUCCACCGUAGCAAGUGGAGGCAGCAGUGGUGGAUUAGGUGGAGCAGGUGGAAGUGGUGGCGUUGAUAUGUAUGGUGGAGCAGGUGGAAGCAGUAGUGGAUUAGGUGGAGCAGGUGGAAGCAGCGGUGGAUAUGGCGAUUCUUCCUCAGGAUCAAGUGGAGGCAGCAGUGGAUUAGGUGGAGCAGGUGGAAGUGGUGGAGGUGUUUAUAUGUAUGGUGGAUCAAGUGGAGGCAGCAGUGGAUUAGGUGGAGCAGGUGGAAGCAGUGGUGGAUAUGGCGGUUCUUCCACUGGAUCAGGUGGAGGCAGCAGUGGUGGAUUCGGUGGAUUCGGUGGAGCAGGUGGAAGCAGCGAUGGAUAUGGCGGUUCUUCCUCUGGAUCAGAUGGAGGCAGCAGUGGUGGAUUUGGUGGAGCAGGUGGAAGUGGUGGUGGCGUUGAUAUGUAUGGUGGAUCAAGUGGAGGCAGCACUGGUUUAGGUGGAGCAGGUGGAAGCAGUGGUGGAUUCGGUGGAGCAGGUGGAAGCAGUAGUGGUGGAUUCGGUGGAGCAGGUGGAAGCAGUGGUGGUUAUGGCGGUUCUUCCACUGGAUCAGGUGGAGGCAGCAGUAGUGGAUUCGGUGGAUCCUUAGGUGGAGCAGGUGGAAGUAGUAGUGGAUAUGGUGGUUCUUCCACGGGAUCAGGUGGAGGCAGCAGUGGUGGAUUCGGUGGAGCAGGUGGAAGUAGUAGUGGAUAUGGUGGUUCUUCCACUGGAUCAGGUGGAGGCAGCAGUGUUGGAUUCGGUGGAGCAGGUGGAAGCAGUGGUGGAUAUGGCGGUUCUUCCUCUGGAUCAGAUGGAGGCAGCAGUGGUGGAUUUGGUGGAGCAGGUGGAAGUGGUGGAGGCGUUGAUAUGUAUGGUGGAUCAAGUGGAGGCAGCACUGGUUUAGGUGGAGCAGGUGGAAUCAGUGGUGGAUUCGGUGGAGCAGGUGGAAGUAGUGGUGGAUAUGGCGGUUCUUCCACUGGAUCAGGUGGAGGCAGUAGUGGUGGAUUCGGUGGAGCAGGUGGAAGCAGUGGUGGAUAUGGUGGUUCUUCCACUGGAUCAGGUGGAGGCAGUAGUGGUGGAUUCGGUGGAGCAGGUGGAAGCAGUGGUGGUUAUGGCGGUUCUUCCACUAGAUCAGGUGGAGGCAGCAGUGGUGGAUUCGGUGGAGCAGGUGGAAGCAGUGAUGGAUAUGGUGGUUCUUCCACUGGAUCAGGUGGAGGCAGCAGUGGUGGAUUCGGUGGAUCCUUAGGUGGAGCAGGUGGAAGUAGUAGUGGAUAUGGUGGUUCAUCCACGGGAUCAGGUGGAGGCAGCAGUGGUGGAUUCGGUGGAUCCUUAGGUGGAGCAGGUGGAAGUAGUAGUGGAUAUGGUGGUUCUUUCACUGGAUCAGGUGGAGGCAGCAGUGUUGAAUUCGGUGGAGCAGGUGGAAGCAGUGGUGGAUAUGGCGGUUCUUCCACUGGAUCAGGUGAAGGCAGCAGUGGUGGAUUCGGUGGAACAGGUGGAAGCAGCGGUGGAUAUGGUGGUUCUUCCACUGGAUCAAGUGGAGGCAGCAGUGGUGGAUUCGGUGGAUCCUUAGGUGGAGCAGGUGGAAGUAGUAGUGGAUAUGGUGGUUCUUCCACUGGAUCAGGUGGAGGCAGCAGUGGUGGAUUCGGUGGAGCAGGUGGAAGCAGUGGUGGAUAUGGCGGUUCUUCCACUGGAUCAAGUAGAGGCAGCAGUGGUGGAUUCGGUGGAUCCUUAGGUGGAGCAGGUGAAAGUAGUAGUGGAUAUGGCGGUUCUUCCACUGGAUCAAGUGGAGGCAGCAGUGGUGGAUUCGGUGGAUCCUUAGGUGGAGUAGGCGGAAGCAGCGGUGGAUAUGGCGGUUCUUCCACUGGAGCAGGUGGAGGCAGCAGUGGUGGUUUUGGUGGAGGAGGUGGAAGUGGUGGAGGCGUUGAUAUGUAUGGUGGAUCAAGUGGAAUAAGUAGUGGUAGAUUAGGUGGAGAAGGUGGAAGCAGUGAUAGUAAUGGCGGAUCUUCCGAAAGUAGCGAAGGCGUUGGAUCAAGUGAAGAAAGUAGUGGUGGAUUUGUCGGAUUCGUAGGUGGAGCAGGUGGAAGCAGUGGCGGAUAUGGUGGAAGUGGUGCCUCUCCGGGUGGAGUCGGGCCUGGCAGGGCCGGCGGGGCGAGGGCGGGCCUGGUGUCCUCCGGGGCCUCGAGCGAAGAGGACGCCCCGGGCGGGCUGGCCUCUUCGGCGGCGGAGUCCAGCGAUGAGUGCUAGGCCCACGGCUGGAACAGGGCGCCAGGGCCUUAUGGGGACGAAACAAAUGACAAAUCGCUGUAACGUUAAUACUUGUUAUUGUAAUUUAUGAGCGUAUCAUAUAUGCCAAUAUAUAUUGUUGAUAUCAUAUAACAAAUAAAAUAUUUCAUUUUACUACAAAUA